GAUAGAGAGCAUCGCGGCGGUCUCGAGUCUACGUUUUCUCGAGCUUUCUUGUCCUCUUGCAGAUUUCCGGCGGCUCUAGAAGGAUUGACCAUCCGCCAUCUGACACCAUGCUGUCUUUCCGUUCCGUCCUUGGGGCCUCGACCGGUGCCCUCCGCCAAAUUCUCCCCUCCUUCUCUCGCCGGUCCGCCGCUCUCGUUUCGCGGCCUUUUUCGCAAAUCGCCAGGCUGUCCCUCGGCAAUGGCCUUCGCCUUUUGCGCUCGAGCAAGCAGACCAGCAAUGUGGGUGUUGCUAGCUUGGGGUCGACAGUGAGACAGGUUGAGCAGGUCCGGGGGAUGAAGACGCGCUCAUCGGUUAAGCGGCUGUGUGACGGGUGCAAGCCCGUGCGGAGAAAGAACCGCGUUUACAUUAUCUGCUCCAAGAACCCGAAGCACAAGCAGCGUCAAGGGAAAUAGAUGUGGGAACGACAGCAAGAGCAUGAGAGAAUGAGCGUACCUUCGAACGGGAAUUGCUUGCAUGCAUUGGACAUCAAGCCGGAGCCGAGGAGAAUAAUCCCACUACAUGAUAUCGCCACGGUGAUCGUGAAAGCAUAGAUGGUGGGUGGGUGUACGGCUACGGGGUCUCGACAACGGGAAACCCGCGCAUUUGCUAUGGGAUACGACCAACUGGUUGGUUAGGCGCUUUGUUGCAUUGUCUGUACAUUAAUUGUGUCUAUACAUGGAAUUGUCUUUUUCUUUGG